UUACUUGAACCACGUGACUUAAACAUGGCCCCGCACAGGAAAGGGCUGUUGAGUUUCGAAGGUGUCCGAAUCAAACCAGGCAGCACGCUAAUCGCAUUUUUAGAAAGCGUGUGUAAUGGUCACGAUUGCGAAGAAGACCUGCGAAAGAAAGCAGAGGACUUUCUGAAAUGCGAUGCUACUGGCAUACCUUUCGGGCCACUGCGUUCUUUGCGCGAAGCCGUGAACGCCGCGGGCGUCGGUGCUCCCGUUUAUUUGCACAAACUGCUGGAGGGAUCGGAGCUCUGUUUACCGAGUCCCGUGACGCCUCCCCGCAACCCCGAACUGGAAGCUCGCGUGCAGAAGCUUAAGGCGCAGCAGCUGAAUCGGGACUACGACCGCAUGACAUCUGAUGUGGACGUUUGCCGCGCCAGGUCAUCGCCGUUCACCAAGGUCGGAGCAGAGGUGCGGCAAGUCAAGCAGCAGUCGUGGGCGCUGGUCAACCUGCUGGUCACUGUUGCCGGGACGUUUGCUUUCUUCUACAAGGCGGUCGAGUAUUCGCUGCCCGAUCCCCACAUUCCCCUACAGGUCCUUGUUGGACUCAUCGCCUCCAUAGUGGUAGCCGUCGCUGAGUUGUACUUUUUGAUACGUGUCAUCUAGUCCAAGCGCACAGAUUGACUUUAAAGUCAUAUCUGACGUUUUUUUGUGCUCAUGUUGAAGGCUCGAUCCUUUGUGCGUGGACGUGCCAGAGCAGUGCAAUGUUUGUAGAAUCUGCCGCAACAUUUAUUUACUGGGUGGGAAUUACAAGCAGUUCCUUUGCAUAACUUGUCAAAAAAUGGCAUCGAAUUUUUGAUAGGAGGGACUGGUGACGUGUGCUGCUAUCUCAGGGAAAUAUAUAUCUCUUUGUAUGAAGGGCUGUAUCCAGUUUGUGUAAAUUGAUGCACCUUCUAUACUGGUUUUCCAAGGAAAGUUUUGCGGAAAGCAGUGCUGAAACAAGGGACUAGGAGAUACACGAAAACAGGCACUUGCUGACAUCUGGCCGUACUUAAUGUACCACCAAAGCAAAUGUUAUGAAACGAAACAGUACUGCACACUUGUGAAGAUACAAGAAGAUGUGUGUACAAACACACUCAAAUAUAUUAAGGUUAGCAGUGGAGUUAGUUGGCCAAUUUCUGAAAGAGCAAUAGGGAUAGUAAACUGACACCUGUUGCACUUUUAUUGUGGAUUACAAACAUUCCAUGAAUCUCUUGAACAUGCACGUCGCAUCUUUUUCAGUUCACUGAUCAAUCGAUUGCAGGCACACGUGCAAAAAUUAUAGAAAUGUAAGGCCAAGUGGCUGGCAGUAAAUACCCUGAGCAAAAAUGUUCACUCCCUCAGGCAUUUGCUUCAUUAAAUACUAUCAGUUCCUAAUUGGUGCCCAUAUCUCUUGAGCCCACUCUCUGCCUUUAUCUAGGCUCUAAGAAGUUUUGAGCUGACAGAGGACUGUUUACAUAUGUGCCCAUCAAAAAGUGCAUACAGUCUUGUUCUUCCUACUACGCCUAAUGUCACCAAAGAAUUUGAGUGUCUAUUUUUGUUGUCAUAGGGUAGUUCCUGCCAUUAUUAUUAUUAUUAUUUUCCACUGGUGUAUUCUUUCAUUAACUGUGUAAAUAAUGAAGACAUGGCAGUUAAAGGAAAAUGAAGUUGUGUUGAUUGUGUCUGCUUAGCUUGCAGAAAUUUGCAAACUGCGGCCAGUUGCAUUUCUGUAAUGAAUGGCCUGCAGCAUCAGUGGCGUUGCAGUAUGUGCUGCCUCUUGUGCCACUAUCCAUCACUAAACUUUCUUUGAAGCUAGCUGAGAGCAGGCCUGAAGAAGUGUGUAAGGGUUUCUAAGAAGCUGUCCAGAAUGGGAAACUAAUGCAACCUAGUACAGGCAUGAUCCUACAGUAGUCUACAUGGCUGUCUGGGAAAGGAGAUGCCUGCAUGGAGUUUCCUGGUGCAGUGCUCACUGUAAAAAAAAAUGUCCGUAUGUAACGGCCUGCAUAGGGUUUCCUAGUGCAGCAUUCACUGUAAAAACAUUUCUGUGUGUACUUGUGUACAUGGGUGUUUAUGUACAGAGAAGGCCAGUGUGAUAGGGAACAUAUUAUCGAUGCUUGGGCAAAGGUUAGCACCAAUGUGACUUCAGACAUCAUUCGCUAUUGCCGUAGUAUUCACCAUGUCAUUCUCCUCUCAAAGACGCUAUGCUUCUGUGCUUCUAUUCACCACUAAAGCAAGUAAAAUUCUUAGUCCUGAGUACAAAACGAGUCUUUCCUUUCACAUUGGAUCCAAUUGUACGUGCAAAUUCACACACACACACACCUGAAUAAAAGAUAAAAUUUUUCUGUUUCUGACCUCA